AUGACACGUCUACGGGCCCGCAAGAACAAGAACGCGACUCUUCCCUCGGCCGAAGGUAAUCUUCCCCAUCCAUCCUGUGUGAUUUCUUUCAAUUGGUCCUUGAUCGCCUCGAGAAAUUGCGGAAAUAGUGAAGCGGUGUCUGUGUUUCGGUGCGAUCUGGACUCAGUUUCUCCGAUUGUUUUAGUAUUAAGCGAUUUCGUGGGGAAAAAUUACACCUUUAAGCGCUUUCCCAUGUACCCGUUCGACUUCUUUUCUAUUGUGAAUCUCGAUGAAGAAGAAGUUGACUUUAACCCUGAUGAAGAACCGUAUGCUAUAUCUUCUUCAGAUUCCGAUUCAGUCGGCUCAGAAUAUCAAGGUGAUGAUGACGAGGAGGAGGAGGUGGAUGCUGAUGAUGAUAUACCAAAUCCUGUAAAUCCUGUACCUGACCAUGCGCCUGUGGCAAUUGUAAACCCACCAAGAGCAGGCACCAAAAGGAAAAAAUCAGAGAAAAAACUGCUAUUGUGGAAGACCUGGGAAAAAGAGGAUGAGAGAUGGAUUGAUGAACAUUUGACGGAGGAUGUUGAUUUGGAUCAGCAGAAUUCUAUGAUUGCUGAAACUGUUGAGCCGCCCUCAGAGCUGAUUAUGCCACUCUUAAGGUACCAAAAGGAGUUUUUAGCCUGGGCUUCAAAACAGGAACAAUCAGUUGCAGGAGGCAUUCUCGCAGAUGAGAUGGGGAUGGGAAAAACCAUACAGGCCAUCUCUCUUGUUCUUUCCAGACGUGAGGCUGACAGGGCUCGAUUUAAAAAGGCAGUGGGGUGCACCCUUGUGCUUUGUCCUGUUGUUGCUGUUUCUCAAUGGUUAAAUGAAAUUAACCGGUUUACAUCCCCGGGAAGCACCAAGGUCCUUAUAUACCAUGGGGCAAAGAGAGAGAGGGAUGCUAAAGAACUCAAGAAAUACGACUUUGUUUUGACAACAUAUUCUACGGCUGAGAAUGAAUUUAGGAGAGGUAUGAUGCCGCCCAAGCAGCAGUGUGAGUAUUGCAACAAGUCGUUUUAUCCGAAAAAGCUUGUGGUGCAUAAUAAAUAUUUCUGUGGGCCUUUGGCUGUGAAAACGGACAAGCAAUCUAAGCAGAUGAAGAAGACCUCUGCAGCUACAUCGUCCAAGCAAGGUAAGCAAGCCGUUGGAGGAGAGGAUAGCAAGAUGAAACGAUCUAGGAAGAAGAGUAAAAAAACAUUAGACGAAGAACAUUCUGGUUCACUGGAUAAAGAACAGUCUCUUUUGCACUCUAUUAAGUGGAAUCGGAUCAUAUUGGACGAGGAAACGGCAGCAGGAGAAGCUGUAUCUGCCAAGAAGAAUUUAAAAUUUGUCUCUUUUGCUCAUUACAUCAAAGAAAGGCGUAGCAACACUGCAAGAGCUGUGUUUGCUUUGGAGGCUACGUACAGAUGGGCUCUGAGCGGUACCCCUCUCCAGAAUCGUGUUGGCGAGCUUUACUCUUUGUUCAUAAUUAUCUCUGCUGUUCGAUCUCUUUUGUCUGCUGCUUGUGGCGGUGAUUGCAGUGCGCAUGCAAGCUGUCAUAGCUGUCCUCAUAAUGCAGUGCGACAUUUCUGUUGGUGGAACAAGAAUGUGGCCAAACCAAUAGCAGCUUAUGGAAACGGGGAUCCGGGAAAGAGAGCCAUGAUAUUUCUUAAACACAAAGUUCUGAAGGACAUCCUCCUAAGACGUACUAAAUUGGGCCGGGCAGCUGAUCUUGCUCUUCCUCCUAGAAUCGUACGUUGCUUUGUCUCCCAUGUCUGGUGUAAACGAAGCUCGAUCACUUUGAGGCGGGAUGCACUAGAUAUAAAAGAGGUUGAUUACUAUGAGUCACUAUACAAAGAGAGUCAAGCGGAAUUUAAUACGUAUAUUCAGGCUGGGACAUUGAUGAAUAACUAUGCACAUAUAUUCGAUCUUCUCACCCGUCUGAGACAGGCUGUUGAUCAUCCAUACCUUGUAGUGCAUUCCAGUUCUCGUGGUGCUAACGCUUACUUGAAUGAUGAGAAGAAAAAUGAGCACGAAUGCGGUCUCUGCCACGACCCAGCUGAGGACUACGUUGUGACUUCUUGUGAACAUGUGUUCUGUAAAGCUUGUUUGAUUGAUUUCUCUACAUCCCUGGGAAAAUUCACCUGCCCGACAUGCUCGAAACUACUGACUGUGGAUUGGACUACCAAAGCUGGCACAGAGCCUCAGGCAAGCAAGGCAACACUUAAAGGAUUUAGAGCCUCAUGCAUUUUAAAUCGGAUAGAGCUCGAUGAUUUUCAGACAAGUACAAAGAUAGAGGCUUUGAGGGAAGAAAUCAGGCUGAUGGUUGAAAGAGAUGGGUCUGCCAAAGCAAUAGUCUUCAGCCAGUUCACAUCAUUCUUGGACCUGAUAAACUACACCCUCGGGAAGUGUGGGGUUGGUUGCACCCAACUGGUGGGAAGCAUGUCAAUGGCAGCUAGAGAUGUUGCUAUCAAUAAAUUCAAAGAAGAUCCAGAUUGCAAGGUUUUCCUAAUGAGUUUGAAAGCUGGAGGGGUUGCGCUCAACUUAACAGUCGCUUCACAUGUGUUCAUGAUGGACCCGUGGUGGAACCCAGCGGUUGAGAGGCAAGCACAGGACAGAAUACAUAGAAUCGGACAGUACAAGCCAAUCAGGGUUGUGAGAUUCAUAAUAGAGAACACAGUGGAGGAAAGGAUUCUGAAGCUUCAAAAGAAGAAGGAACUUGUCUUUGAAGGGACCGUUGGUGGCUCUCAGGAGGCCAUAGGAAAGUUGACCGAGGCAGACAUGAGGUUUCUGUUUACCUAACUCUAAAUCUAAUACUAGAAAUACAACGUUUUUGUCUGAUGAUAAGAUCUUGGUAUGGUAUGUACACCUUAAACUCGUAUUGAGCAUCUUGUAUCCAGAGAUGUGAUGAUGGUAAUGACUCAUAUAUGAUUUGAUGAUACUCCCUUGCAAGAAAAGUGUUUCCGGGUGAUUCUUGUGAAAGAAUACUAGAUUAAGGGGAAACGAAUUAAU